GCCACGGAGCCCGCGCCUCCCGCCCGCCUGGCCCACGGAGCCCAUGGACCUGAGCGCGGCCGCCGCGCUCUGCCUCUGGCUGUUGAGCGCCUGCCGCCCCCGCGACGGGCUCGAAGCGGCCGCCGUACUGCGAGCGGCGGGGACAGGGCCGGCCGGGAGUCCUGGGGGCGGCGGCGGCAGCCGGCGGACUCUCCCCGCGGCUGCGGGCGCCUCCGCUGCCCCUGCUGCCACGGCUCCCGGGGCCCGCGCUGCGCGCCGCGCCGCUGGCUCCGGCUUCAGGAACGGCUCGGUGGUGCCUCACCAGUUCAUGAUGUCGCUUUACCGGAGCCUGGCCGGGAGGGCUCCGGCCGGGGCAGCCGCCGCCUCCACCUCGGGCUCUGGGCGCCACGGCCGCGCGGACACAAUCACCGGCUUCGCAGACCAAGCGACCCAAGAUGAGUCGGCAGCCGAGACCGGUCAGAGCUUCCUGUUCGACUUGUCCAGCCUUUCCGACGCCGACGAGGUGGUGGGCGCGGAGCUGCGCGUGCUGCGCCGCGAGUGUCGGGAGCCGGGCCCGGGCAGCGCGAUGCCCCCACCGUUGCUGCUGUUGUCCACGUGUCCCGGUGCCGCCGGCGCGCCGCGUCUGUUGCACUCUCGGGCCGCGGAGCCCCUAGACCGGGCGCGCUGGGAUGUGUUUGACGUAGCGGACGCCGUCAGGCGCCACCGCCGCGAACCUCGUGCCACCCGCGCGUUCUGCCUGUUGCUGCGCGCAGUGGCCGGUCCCGCGCGGGGCCCGCUGGCCCUGAGGCUGCUGGGCUUCGGCUCGCGGGGCGGAGGUGGUGCGGCGGCGGCGGCGGAGGAGCGCGCGCUGCUGGUCGUCUCCUCCCGAACGCAGAGGAAGGAGAGCCUGUUCCGCGAGAUCCGCGCCCAGGCCCGUGCGCUCGGGGCCGCGCUUUCUGCGGAGUCACCGCCCGACCCGGGACCCGGCACUAGGUCGCCGAAGAUGGUCAUCAGCGGUCGCAGGAGGCGGCGGACAGCGUUGGCCGGGGCUCGGGCGGCGCAGGGCAGCGGCGGAGGCGCCGGCCGGGGCCAAGGUCGCAGGGGCCGGAGCCGCUGUAGCCGCAAGCCGCUGCACGUGGACUUCAAGGAGCUGGGCUGGGAUGACUGGAUCAUCGCGCCGCUGGACUACGAGGCGUACCACUGCGAGGGCGUUUGCGACUUCCCGCUGCGCUCGCACCUUGAGCCCACCAACCACGCCAUCAUUCAGACGCUGCUCAACUCCAUGGCGCCGGACGCGGCGCCGGCCUCCUGCUGCGUGCCCGCGCGCCUCAGCGCCAUCAGCAUCCUCUACAUCGAUGCUGCCAAUAACGUGGUCUACAAGCAAUACGAGGACAUGGUGGUGGAGGCGUGCGGCUGCAGGUAGCACGCGGGCCGGGCCGGGCCGGGCCUGGGAGGCGGCAGCAGCGCCGCCGCCGCCGACCCCCUGCGAGG